AUGAGCAGGGCCACGUGUUUGUUUGACGGCUGUCACAGCGCCGUCAUCGUGAUUGAUGAAGACAAUAUAGUGAGUUUGCCGGAAGGGGCGUAUAGUCAAUUUAAGCUGCUGGAAAACAGAGCGGAGGGGUACGCGCCCACUAGCGACAACAAUUUUUUGGUUGUCCCUGAUGUAUGGGACUUCGACAACAUUGGCGUAUCUAGAGACAUUCCCUCUUCUCUCUUGGGGGACCUAGGCGAUAAGGACGAGUUCGCCUUUGAUUACGGAGAUUCCAGCUGGAAAAUCAAGAAGUGUCUAAAGUACUUAAUAUGCGCAGACUGUGACAAGGGCCCUAUUGGUCUUAUAUGCCAGGUACAAGACCAAGACAACGACGAAGAAAAAGUGAUCCAUUUACUGAGCCUGCGCAGUCUUCAGAUCGUGAGAAAAAACUAG